CGCGUUAUUUGGAAUAAAGUUUAAACAAAAAAAAAAAAAAAAAAAUGUGGUAUUUUGUAAUAACGGUGUUGGCAACAAAUACUAUCGCUGUACAAAACAGUAAAGCCUUGCAUACUAUUUCCACCGAAGCUUUCAAUUCUCGUAUAGCUGACUAUGAACAGCAAAGUAAAGAAAACAAAUUUCAGAUACAAAAUAAACGCCAAGAAUACGCUGAAUUUGAUAUUGAAAAUUCCCGAAAUGGAAUGUUUCAUAGACUGCCUGACAGAUUUGCGGUAAAUGUGGAUAAUAAUUUAAUUAAAGAAAAUGGAAUAAUUAAUAAAUACCAAGAUGAUGAGAUGUUAACCGCAGAAUUAAAUACAUUGGAAAACAGUAUUCGUUCUAAAGACCAAAUUGACUUUGAACAGAACAAAAGUUCGUGGUUGCGUGUAAAAAAAAGUAUACCUGUUUUGGAACCUGUUAAACAUUUACUUGAUCAUGCGCGUAGCGGAAAUCUUAAUCAUACCUUUCGUGGCCAAUCGAAUCGUCAUCAUCAUAUACUGAGUGAAAGCGAAAUGAAUAAUGAAGAAAAUAAUAACGACACCGCUAUCGAAACCGAGGAGGAACGUGAAAUGAUUAACGAGGGCCCAGAUUUGCAAAUUCUCGAAUUCUUAGGAUCAAUAGGUAGUAAAAUCUGGGAUUUCUUCUCAAACUUACGUCAACUAUUUGCUGCAAGUAGUGGCAGUGCAAGUGCUUCACUAUCAAGUUCGGCCGGCUCUUAACUAAUGUUAUAUGUAAUAUAAAAAGA